AUGGCCACACGCGGCUCACACUUGCUCUUGUGGCACGCCCUCGCCGCCUUCCUGCUGGCGGCCGAGCUGUGCGCCGCGUCCUUCAGCCUCACGCCACACGUCGACUACAGGAGGAAAUUCUCGUGGGCGCAGGCUAGGAGGUUCAUCAAGGAGACGCAGGAGCAGCUCAGCGCCGACCUCCUGCACCAGAUGGAGGAGGCGACGCGGGCUGAGUACAGGCAGGUGCCCCACCCGAUCGCACACACGUCGCAGCUUCUCCAUGAGGGCAUCGACUGCUCGACGAUCACCUCGGACCUCCACCCGAAUAACCUCAAGGGCGACGUGCAGCUUCGACCCGCCUGGAUCCUCGACUCGCGCUUCAUCGGCGACUGCCCGACGCGCUUCGUGAGCCGCGAGCUCCCGCCCAAGUACUUUCCGCCGGUGGUCCUGGAGGCGCAGUGCGUGUGCGGCGGCUCGCACUGCUCGCAGGAGGGCCACCAGUGCCAGCCCGUGUCGCGGCAGGUGCCCGUCUGGGUGCGCCGCGGCCGUGCCUUCCACGUGCUGGACGUCAUGGAGGUGACGGUGGCGUGCAUCUGCGCGCGGAGACGCAGCUAUCGGGCCAACAACCUCAUCAUGGCGGCCAUCCAAAGCUAAGCUGGCGGCCGCGCCUCCCGAAGGGUUGGCCAUUUGCAUCGGGAGUGUUCGGGCGAAGGCGGCGGGGUGGGCGCCGGGCGAGGGAUCGCCAACCGGCGGAAGCCCCGCACUUGUCGGCAUGGAAAGGGCGCGUGUGGUGUGACGCGGCAGCGAUCCUGACGCUGAAGGAAAAUCCUCGGGCGGCACGUGCCAGAAUCAUGGCGUCUUGCAAAGCCGCUGACCGUCGCUGAAAUCCGCAUUUUAAUUAAUGGUUCAGUCGGCACGAAUCAAGUGUCGGUAUUUCAUGAAUUACACGACAUCGAGCUGUGGUGAAUCCAUUAACUGUUCAUAUCCAAAAAAUAUUUAGGAAAUAUGCAGCACCCUCAUUUAAUUAUGAUAAUUAAUGCUGGUCGUGUUUUAUGGCGUAUAUUACUGAAUGUUUUAUAGAAUGCCGUUUUUCAUCUUCCAGUGAACUGUUUGAUAAUCAAAAAGGUUUAUGCCUAGUGUUAAUGAGAUGAAUUAAACCUCUGAAGAGACUAGUUAAUAAACUAUA